AUGCGUUACCGGACAGAGACUCCACUUCUUGUCGUCCGUGGCUGGUCUCAUCCAUCACUACCGAGAAAGAUCCUUCCUCUAGGAAAAAACUACAAGGUCGGUGAUUCCAACGAAUGGAGUGUUCCUGAAGAGAGUGACUUCUAUUACAAGUGGAGUGAGGAGAAACAGUUUCAUGUGGGAGACAAUCUUCUUUUCUACUACAACGACCAAGUCAACGACGUCUUAGAAGUCAGCAGUGAUCUUGAGUUCAUAUCUUGCGACACAUCUUCUCCUGUUGCCACGCACAAUACGGGACAAGAUCUCAUUAAGCUCACAAAACCAGGAAUCCAAUAUUUCAUAAGCUCAAAGACUGGUCAAUGUGAGGCUGGGCUUAAGCUUCGAGUGGUGGUGCGGCCACUGUUCAGAGCUCUUCCGAGGACUAGGAGGAUGAGGUCGUCACCUUUGGACCGCUCUUCAAGUGGUUACACAGAUUCAGACCCCAACCCCAUCACUAAGCAUUUUUUUCUUAUGAUUUGGUUUUGGAUUAGCUGA